AGUUCAUGGUAAUACUGCUUUGACGUUUGUUCCAGGUUACUCUCUUUUGUGACCAGUCCAGGUAGUAGAGCAUUCUCAGAAAACUCGAGGAUCUGUAAGUAAACCCAUUUCGUUCGUUUUGUACAGAAAUACAAUACAAAAUUCAAUAGUACAAUAGUUUUGCUUGCCACCACAUCACGAUAUAUCGUGCUCGACCUAACCUAACCUAACCUAAUGAAAUAACAAGGACCGUUCUUUGUCGUUACACUGCCACAGGCCUACAGUCUCCCAUCUGACGACAUUCAGUUUGACUGCAAUAAAGAAAAGUAUUAAGUGGAGAACUCUGAAUGCAAAUACAAUAUUUUAAAAGAUCCAAGAUUAUUAAUCAAUUAUAAUUCAAUUACAAAUAUAUAAUAUUAUUUAUUAUUUGAUAAAUAAAAAAGAUAUGCAUGUUAAACAAUAUUUUGUGAUACUCUUGCAAAUUUCAAGUCUAAGUAUUGCAAAUUCAUUACAUAAUAUGUCAGGAAUUGAUUUAUCCAAAUGUAAGGUAUCUCAACUAGGAACUGAGUAUAAAGGUUUAACUGCAACAACUGUUGGUGGUUUUCAUUGUCAAUUAUGGACAGCUCAGCAAUCAUUUCGUAAAAUUAGCAAGAAUAUAAGUGAUCUAGAUUUUCCAGAGAAAUCUAUGAAAUUUGCCAAAAAUUAUUGUAGAAAUCCUACCCAAGAUCCUAGAGGUCCUUGGUGCUAUACGUUAGAUCCUAUGGUAAUUGAUGAUGAAUGUAAUGUUCCUCUUUGCAAUUACAAAGAUUGCAUCAUAACAGGACCAGGAGUAGAGUAUGGUGGAAAUCGUAGUUUUAGUAGUUCAAGAAAAAAAUGUAAAUCUUGGAACAGAAAAUAUAAACUUGAUAACAUGAAAAAUAUUAAAUUUCGUAAUAAGAAUUUCCCUGACGGAUCAAGAGAGAAAGCGAAUAAUUUCUGUAGAAAUCCAAAUGGCGAUACUGGUGGUCCUUGGUGUUACGUAGAAGAAAAAAGUUAUGAACUAGUAAAAAAAGAAUAUUGCGAUAUUCCAUUUUGUGAUGAUGAAGAUUGUAUAAUGUAUUCACAAAAUUCAUCAGUUUAUACUAUAUUAACGGGAUUAAAUAGUACUUAUGGAAAUGUAUCCUUCUGGAUUAAACUUUGGAAUCCUCUUAAUGAACAAAAUGCAGAAGCCAGAAUAUUAUUAAGUUUGCUUCCAAUUCCAUCUUCUGCCAAAAAGAUUGCUCAAGAUUGGAAGGCAGGAGUUGAACUUUUAAUUUCCAAUAAUGGCAAUGGUCAAACGUAUCCAAUUACCGACACGUAUCUUUUUGAAAAUACACCUGAGAUAAUACUUAGUACAAAAUGGACAGGUCUGUGGAUUGCAUGGGGUGGUGGUUUCAUUUCACUCGGAAUACAUGGUGCAUCUAAACCGUUAAUUACGGAUAAAUAUAAAAUGAAAAAUAGUAUUUUGGAUUUAUAUCCUGACAGCUUUUUGCACUAUGGUGUCAUGGGCACUGGUAUUUUAUGGAGAACAGAGUUUUGUCAAAAACAUUGUGAAAGUCACAUAACUUUUGGAAAUGAGUUUUUAAAAAUUUGGCCUAUGCAAAAAAAUAACGAUACGCAAGAUAUUCGGUUUUACGUUCGAGCUAGCCAUAAUGUAGCAAUACGAUUAUAUCAAAGUCCUGGAUCAUUGUUUCCUUGUUUCACAGUAAAAAUUGGACAUAAUGAUAUUACAUCCUUGUUGUAUCAAGAAAAUGAGAAGUCAGUAAAACAAUAUUUGAAGGAAAUUGUAAUUAAAGGUUUGCUAGAUUAUUGGAAUUGGAAGGAAUUUAUUAUUAGCAUCUUUGGAACGCAUUUGCGUUUGUUUUCACAACGUACAUAUGGGAGUGAAGAAAUUAUAAAUAUAAAUCAUGAUUUAUUAAUUACUUUACGUUGGUUUAGUGUUGGAAGCGAUCAAACGAUAGCGCAUUGGACAUUUUUCUGCCCACCUGAUGCAACAGAUGCAGUAGAAAGUCCUCAACCUCCAAACUGCAUUCACAAUAUUGCAGAUUAUCAAUAUCAAGGACUACAGUGGACAAGUGCGAAAGAACUUCCGUGCAUACCAUGGAUAGCAGAAGAGAUACCGUACAAUGAGAAAAUAGCUGAUAAUUUUGUAGAUAAAUCCGUAGAAAAAGCUUUAAACAGAUGUAGAAAUCCGACACACGAUCCUAGCGGACCUUAUUGCUAUACGAUUUCUACUUCGCAUGCCAAUGAUGUUACAAAACAAUUUUGUUCUGUACGAAUUUGCCGAUCGUCAGACUGUCGAAUGGCAGGAACUGCUAAUGAUUACAUAGGUACAUUAUCAACCACUCGUUCAGGUCGAAUUUGUGCAAAAUGGUUGAAUGAUUAUGAUUUGAAACAAAUACAAAAAUCAAACGCGACAUGGAAAAUAAAACCUUCUCCUAGGACCUUAGGAUUGAUUCGCGCAAAAUCUCGCAAGAAGCCUGUAGUUGCUAAACCUAUCCAUUUUGUUAGCCAAGCAUAUUUAAAUGACAGUCUUUACCCUGAACGCAGUGUACGAGAUGCCAGUAAUUUUUGUAGAAAUCCUUCACGCAAUAUCGCUGGUACAUGGUGUUACACAACGGAUCCAUUAGUACCGCAGGAUCUGUGUGAUGUAAGGGAUUGUGAGAAGUCAGAGGAAUGCAUCUUUUUUGUAAAAGGACAUGGCAUUGGGCGACGAUUAUACGUUUUGCCAGAAUAUCGUACAGAAGGUUUACAUUUUUCAUUAAAAGCAUGGGAACCUGAUCAGCCAGAUUCCAUUACAUUUGUGUUCACUGCUGAUGAUGGAUUAAAAUCCCGUUACAUUCUUAAGAUUGGAGCUUUAGAUAAUGAAAAAGUUCUUCUCUAUUAUCAAUCGGAAGAACAGAACAUAAUUUUGGUGAAGAAAAAGACAUUACCUCAUUUGUUAUAUCUUGGCAAAUGGAGUAGCUUUGUUAUUCGCAUACCUCGAGGUCAUGUUCUUCUAUAUUACGAAGGAGCAUCAAAUCCGCUAUUCGAAUGGAAACAUCCUGAACCAGCCAAAGCAUUCUUACCUAUCUAUUAUUACUAUAACAGCGAGAAAGGACAUACAAUAGGAGUUGCUUUUGAUUGUGCUUCAAGAUGUCAUAUAGAAAACACACAAACCGAUCGUUAUACUAGAAUAUUACCAUUAUCAACAUGGUUCAAAGAAGAAGUUAUUAGACCCAAUAAAUUAAUGUUAAUAAUCCGUGCGAAAGGUGUCGUUUUAAUACCAUUACUUUUAAUGCCUACAACACCAGGUUUUUAUGCGCUUACACUCGGUGAACGAUGGAUACAUUUUCUGAAAAAUACAUAUCCUAAAGUAAGGAUUUAUCACAAGCAGAAAUCUUUCAAGCCUAUAUUUAAUACAAAUUCCUGGACAAAUAUUACUAUAAAAUGGUUUGAAAAUACAAUUCAAGUAUUUUGCAACGAGACAAGCAUAUUUUACUAUGUACAUCGUCAACCACUUAUUUUUUAUUUUUUCUCACUUGCUGUGGAUUCGAAAGGUUGGGCCACUUGGAGUGCAAAUUGCGUACCAUCAGAUAUAGAUGGACCCCCUUUAGAUGGUGGAUGGUCUGAAUGGGGACCAUGGACGUGCAGUGCUAGUUGCAAUGGAGGCAUAGGAACUAGAAGACGGCAUUGCAAUUUGCCAGAGCCUAACGUACGGGGCGAGGCUUGUAUAGGACCUAAUAGUAUGACGGGUCGUUGUAAUACAAUUCUUUGUGGCGACAUAACUGAAGAUACCAUAACUUCAAUAAAAAGAGUAAUCACAUAUAAUCACACUGCUCUUACCGUGAAGGAACAUAUGUCGAUAUCACUUCGUCCUGAUUCUGAUAUUGUGAAUACCAUCAAAGUUGAAUCACCUGAUUCCGAAAUACACUGGUCUCAUAACGGAAUUUUUAUUCAAAACAAUUAUCACAAAUUGGAAAUUAAAAACUAUGAAAUCAUAAUAAAUAGAGCAGAAUUAAAUGACUCGGGCGUAUAUACGCUCACUGUACGUAGAAUAGAUGGAACCUAUAUGAUAAUUAAGGUGAUAACUUUGGCAGUGUUUCCGAUUAAGGAAAGCAUUAUAAUUCGUGAAACUUUACCUAUGCAUAUAAUGUGCCAUUGUGCUAUCCUUGGUUAUGUAUAUUCUGAUUUGAAAGUUUAUUGGAUAAUCGAUGAUAACGUAUGGAAAGACUAUGGAAUCACAUUACCCGCAGCUGUAAAUGUCGAUUAUAUUCCCAUUGUAAAUAAAUCUCAUCACGGUACAUGGAAAUGCAUUGUAGAACAAAAUGAUUUGAAUUUUAAAUGGACAACAAAUGUAAUCCGCAUAAAAGUUCUUGGACCUCCAAAUUGGCGUACUCAUUUAAUGGAGGACAAAUUAACACGACCAAUUUUUGGAAGGAUGCCAAGUGAGAAAUUUGUUGCUUAUUCAGCGUUGGCAAUAAUUUUAUUUUUGAUGUGCUGUAUUAUAAUAAGUCUCGUACUUUAUUUCAGGUUUCGAAAAAGCUUGCAAAUCAAUAAAACUGUGAUAAAAAAGAAAAUAAGCAAAGGAAACUCCUUAAUAGAAAGAAAUUCUAUUAUUGAUGGUAUUUUUAAGAAAACAGAAAAUAAAAUUACCUCAUCAAAUUUUACCAAACCUAAAAGAUUUCGUAGAACAUUUAAAAAACGUUGGUUUCAGAUGAAAAAAUCGAAAAAUUUAAAUCACACCAAUUGAAAAGUUUUAAACGAAAUAUGGGCGAAACGUAGACAUCAAUGCGAAUCAAAUGUGAUGAAGGAGGCAAAUAAGAGAAAAAAACCUUGAAAAAGAAAGCAUGAAAAUCCACUCUGUGUGCCUGUAGGGUGGGUAAGAUUUGCUUCAAAGGGAGAAGAAGUGGUUGGUGGGGAGUUAGCAGUUGCCAACGGAUCGGUAAGACAGGCCUGAAGCGUAAUGAAAACAGAGAAAAAGGGGUGAUGAAGGCUAUUUGCUGGAAACAGUAGGGGAGACAAGAACAGACAUUCUAAGAAGAUAAAGAGUAAAAAAGAAGGAGAGAGAGAGGGGGAAAAAGAGAGAGAGAGA